AAUUAAAUUCCAUAAAUUUCUAUUCAAUAUUUUUGAAAAAAAAUAAAUGAUAUAAUAGAUUAAAUCUUACGAAGAAUUAGAAGAAUUUUUAAACUCAUCACUUUAAUCUCAUAAGGUUCUCCAUAUUUAUCUAUAGAACAAUUAAAUUGGUGAUGAAGGUGCAUCAGGCUUAGGUUUUGCUUUAGCAAAGUGCAUUAAUCUCUCAAAUUUGUCACUUUUCCUUAAUGGUAAUUAAAUUGGUAAUGAAAGUGCAUCAGGUUUAGGUUCUGCUUUAGCAAAGUGCAAUAAUCUCAUAAAUUUGACUCUUGACUUUUAUGGUAAUUAAAUUGGUGAUGAAGGUGCAUCAGGCUUAUGUUCUGCUUUAGUAUAGUGCACUAAUCUCUCAAAUUUGAAACUUUUCUUAAGUAAUAAUUAAAUUGGUGCAAUGGGUGCAUCAGGCUUAGGUUCUGCUUUAGCAAAGUGCAUUAAUCUCUCAAAUUUGACACUUUGCCUUAGUGGUAAUUAAAUUGGUGAUGAAGGUAUAUCAGGCUUAGGUUGUGCUUUAGAAAAUUGCAUAAAUCUCUCAAAUUUGACACUUUUCCUUAGUGGUAAUUAAAUUGGUGCAAUGGGUGCAUCAGGCAUAGGUUCUGCUUUAGCAAAUUGCAAUAAUCUCUCAAAUUUGACACUUGACCUUAGUGGCAAUUAAAUUGGUGCAAUUGGCGCAUCAGGCUUAUGUUCUGCUUUAGAAAAGUGCAUUAAUAUCUCAAACUUGAAACUUUACCUUCAGAAAAACUAAAUUGGUGAUGAAGGUGCAUCAGGCUUAGGUUAUGCUUUAGCAAAGUGCAUUAAUCUCUCAAAUUUGACACUUUACCUUAGGAACGACUAAAUUGGUGAUGAAGGUGCAUCAGGCUUAGUCUCUGCUUUAGUAAAAUGCACUAAUCUCUCAAAUUUGACACUUGGCCUUGAUGGUAAUUAAAUUGGUGAUGAAGGUGUAUCAUGCUUAGGUUCUGGUUUAGCAAAGUGCAUUUAUCUCUCAAAUUUGACACUUGACCUUAGUGGCAAUCAAAUUGGUGCAAUGGGUAUAUCAGUCUUAGGUUCUGCUUUAGCAAAGUGCAUUAAUCUCUCAAAUUUGACACUUUACCUUAGGUAAGACUAAAUUAGUGAUGAAGGUGCAUCAGGCUUAGGUUCUACUUUAGCAAAGUGCAUUAAUCUCUCAAAUUUGACACUUGACCUUAGUGACAAUUAAAUUGGUUAUGAAGGUGCAUCAGACUUAUGUUUUUGCCUAGCAAAUUGCAUUAAUCUCUCAAAUUUGACACUUUAUUAUGAUUCUUUCUCAAACUAUGAAUCAUAUGUAAAAAGCAAGUAUCUUAAAUUAAAAAGAUUAGUUAUCUUUGAAAUAAGAUUUUACGAAUGA